CACUUUCCUUGUCUCGUACAGCGCGCUUCCUCUACUUCUUAUUAAUAAUGUCUCGGCUCUUGCUGCUUCUAACAGUCACCUUCUGUAUACUGAGUACAGCACUUGCAAUCAGUGUCGAUGUUGCUCCUCAUGGCAAAGAAUGCUUCUAUGAAGACCUCAACAUUGGAGACAAGAUGACUGUAUCCUACCAGGUUGGACAGGGAGGAAACCUUGAUAUCGACUUCUGGAUUUACGAUCAGCAGGGUAGAACUAUCAAAAGCAGUGCUCGUGAGGCUUCUGGAACACAUGUAGUUCAGGCUGUUGCUCCCGGUAGAUACACAUUCUGCUUCGGUAACCAGAUGUCUUCUGUCACUGCAAAGUCCAUUAGUUUCAAUGUUCACGAUAUGGAGAAGGUCAACGAGAGUGCCAAGGAACAUAUCGAUCCUAUUGCACGUGAAAUUCGUGAGUUGGCUGAUAGCAUCCAAUCUGUCAAGUCUGAACAGGAAUACAUUGUAGUUCGUGAACGUAAACACAGAAAUACUGCUGAAAGCACAAACGCUCGUGUAAAGUGGUGGUCGCUCGGUCAGGUUGGAUUGUUGAUUGCUGUCUGUUUGUGGCAGGUCAACUAUCUUAAGCGUUUCUUUGAAGUGAAGCGUGUUGUCUAGAUUACAUAGCUUUCUUUUUUUUCUCUAUCUUUUUGUUAUUAUUUUUUAUUUUGCAUACUGUCUUUUACAAUAUCGACUUUUAUCACAAUGAACUCCUUUUUUUCUUUCGUUCUCUUUUCUACAAACGGUAACGGAUAGGUAAUUUGACUUUAUAUAGAAAUGAGAUCCCAAUAUCCUCUACAACAUAACCUUAAUCAAAUAUGGAAAAUGCCAAUCUUUCAUAACCUC